AUGGGUUUAUCACCUUUUCAGUUAGUAUAUGGAAAAGCAUGUCAUUUGCCAGUGGAGAUGGAGCAUAAUGCUUUGUGGGCUUUGAAAUUUUUAAAUUUCGAUCCUCAUGAAACUCAAAGCAAACGAAGAUGUCAGAUGUUGGAGCUUGAAGAGAUGCGGUUACAUGCAUAUGAUUCAUCCAGGAGUUAUAAAGAGAAGUUGAAAUCAAAAUGGUCAGGACCUUUUUUGAUAAAACAUGUAUAUCCAAAUGGAGCAGUGGAAUUGGAGAAUCCAAGUAACGAUGGUCAGCAGCGGAAUUGGGUGGUGAAUGGUCAGAGGCUCAAACAUUAUUUAGGAGGGGAAGUGGAGCAAUUCUCCACAGUGAUGAUGUUGGUGGAUCCUUGA